AUGAUACUCCAAAGACCGAUUACUCGCGCCUGGCAUCUACGAGAAAGCUACAUCGAGAUAUCUAGAUACAUCCGUGUGCAGCUUCAGCAACGACGAACGGCCUCCAUUCAUCCUUCGAGGAGAUUAACUCUAUGCCAACGAUACUCGAGCACUACUACCGCGAGGGAUGACGCGGGGGAGGAUCUGAACGAAGGUCGUCCACCAAGAUUUCCUGGAAGAGACGUAAAGACCACUCGAACACCAAAUUUGUCAAAGGAACAGUACCAAUCCUUGGCAAGAUUUGAGCGCAGCAACCCGAAUUCCCUCCCCUCUACCGAUCACCCUGACGAUCAAAACCACGUCCAGAUAUUUGGCUUCCUGACUUCGCAGAGGUCUAUCAAAGGCUUCGACUUCCUCCAACUAGUGGAUCCGCGCCUGGAACUCGCCGUACAGGUUGUUCUCGCGACUGCGACCCCAGCUGCGCCAAAGGAUGGCCAAAGUGGCCAACAACAAAGGGAUGAUUCUGACUCCAAGCUGGAAUCGACCAAAUCUGAGAAUAGAGAUUCACUGGAUACACGCUUAAAUGUUGCAGAAAGUAUAAAAGCUCACACUCCGGUACAAAUUGUUGGCUCUAUCGUCCAACGGCCAGCACCUUCUAAAAAGGGUGCUUGGUCUAAACCAUCAGUCGGAUCUCAGGAUGGAUCUCAACAGCGAGAGGAAAAGCACGAGGCAACCGUUCGGAAGCUGGAUCCUUUUGUUGGAAUGGUCGACCUAAUUUCACAUGUGGAAAUACGGGCGCACUCCAUCAAGGUUCUUAAUUCGUUUCCUCCAGAUACUAUCGCGCAGUGCGAUACAGCAUUCCCCCCUGAAUUGCGCCACCUGCAAUUCAGGACCGACCAUGACCUUCGCUACCGCAUACGCCUCCGUGCAAAGGUUUCUGCGAAGAUACGCGAACACAUGCUGCGCAUGGGUUUUGAUGAAAUCGAGACUCCGCUAUUGUUCAAAUCCACCCCAGAGGGUGCUCGAGAGUUUAUAGUGCCAACAAGAAAGAAGGGAAUGGCAUAUGCACUGCCCCAGAGCCCUCAGCAGUACAAGCAAGUUCUCAUGGCGUCCGGUAUAUCAAGAUACUUUCAACUGGCUAAAUGCUUCCGGGACGAAGAUUUGAGAGCCGAUCGACAACCCGAAUUCACACAGUUCGAUCUUGAGAUGUCAUUUGCGGGAGGGACCCAGGUCAUGACCGCCAUUGAAAACAUCCUGGUUAAUUCCAUCUGGCCAAAUGUACCAAACAUCCCCCCCUUGUGCAACCCCGAUUUAAAAGGACCCUCGGUGAUUCCAAAUCACAGCCCGGGAUUGAACAGCUGGACUUUUCCUCAACUUACAUACGAGACAGCUCUGAGUCGCUACGGAUCAGACAAGCCUGAUACACGACUUGGGUCAGAGAUUCAUCGAAUCGAUGACUGGCUGCCAGGCCAUGUGAAGGGGAUGCUGACUUCUCUGGAUGAUCCCAUCGUGGAGAUGGUCAAGAUUGACAUGCAGGGAUGUGACCCUGUUGAGAGUGGGCGGUUUAUCAAGUCUUUUCUCGACGCGCCGUCCUCACACGUAUAUGUCCGCAAUGUGGAUGGUAUCCCCGGUGUCGCUGUUUAUGACCCUAAGAAGCCUCUGACCGGCCUGGCGAGUUUCGGCUAUGACGGGGCCGCUCGGGUUGAAGAGCAUUUCCACCCUCGGCCUGGAGACAUUUUCAUUGUCCAGGCUCGUCCCAAAGCGCGGUUCGUCGGCGGAUCCACGGUAUUGGGUAAUCUACGCCGCGAUAUUUAUCAAGCCGCAAUAUCCCAAGAACUCAUUCCUGCCCCUUCUGGCUUUUCGCCUCUUUGGGUCACCGAUUUUCCUCUAUUCUCUCCCGUGCAGGAAUCUGAACCAGGACAAGGCGGUCUUGCUGGAAUUUGUUCAACACAUCACCCAUUCACCGCACCCAAACAGGGUCAAGAUCUGUCGAUGCUGGUAACCAGCCCAUUGGACGUCAUUGGUGAUCAUUAUGAUCUGGUUAUCAAUGGCGUCGAAGUUGGUGGUGGCUCCCGUCGUAUCCACACCGCCGACAUGCAAGAGUUUGUCCUGCGAGAAGUUCUGAAGAUGAAGCCGGAGCGCGUGGAAGAUUUCCGCCAUCUUCUCAACGCACUCAAGAGCGGCUGUCCGCCACAUGCAGGAUUUGCUCUGGGCUUUGAUCGUUUGAUGGCAAUGUUGACAGAUAGGACCAGUGUUCGAGACGUCAUUGCCUUUCCAAAGUACACUGACGGUCAAGACAAGUUUGUCGGGUCGCCGUCGGCUUUGACUCAGGGCCAGCUAGCGACUUACCACCUCACGUUUACGGACGGUCCCGCUGACAAUUCUUUUUCGCCAUCUCCUGUGUAA